AUUAUGGCACACAUUAGCAAAAGAGAGUUCGACGUCCUUGAUUUAUCUGGCCAAAAGUAUUUGGAAUGGAAAGUCGACGCUUUGGCACAUUUAAAAGCAAAUGCCCUUGAAAAUACAAUUGCUGAAAAUAAUUCAGCCACUUCCCAAAAUAAGGCAAAAGUCAUUAUCUUUCUUCGUCACCAUCUUCACGAAAGUUUGAAGUCUGAGUAUUUAUUGGUAGAUGACCCUAAAGAAUUAUGGGAUAAUCUCCAAGAAAGGUAUGGCCAUCAACAAAAGGUCCUUUUACCAAAAGCUCAAUAUGACUGGAUCAAUUUACGAUUCCAGGAUUACAAAUCUAUAAGUGACUACAAUUCUGCCUUGUUCCGAAUAACAUCAAAACUGAAGUUAUGCGGACAAAAAGUCACUGAUGCUGAAAUGUUGGAAAAAACUCUAUCCACUAUGCAUCUUUCAAAUAUGCGUUUACAAGAGCAAUAUAGACAAAAGCACUUUCAAAAGUAUUCUGAUUUAAUAUCAGUAUUACUACUUGCUGAGAUGAAUAAUGACAUUUUGAUGAGAAACCACAAUAUGAGACCCACGGGUUGUAGCCUUUUAGUUUUGGUCCACAAAAUCAUGGUUCAAAACAUGAAUCAAAUGCAACCCAUAGUGGUGCUCGUGGACAUUUCAAACGUGGUCGUGGUAUUGGUCAUUAUAAUGGACCUAGCCGGGGAAACAAACAGAGUAGUAGCUCUUACAAAGGCAAGGGAAAGCAAAACCCCAUC